AUGGGGGAACUCAAACAAGACUCAAGACCAAGACCAUCUUUGCCACAGUUUGGUACUGGUGCAAACGGCGAUCGACACUCCCUGUCACCUCAUACUAGUCAGUCGCGUCGUACUCCGAUUGUAUAUCCAGCUUUACUUUCACGCGUGGCGGAAGCGUUCCGAGAACGCAUAACUCUGAUAGAGCGCGCCAAAGAUGGAUUGUCAUACAAGGAUGCCUUUGAUGGACGCGAAGCUGUUGACAAGAUUGCAUACAUCAUUAAAACGACCGAUCGAAAUCUUGCUCUAUUAUUAGGACGGGCGUUGGAUGCACAGAAAUUUUUCCAUGAUGUCACAUAUGACCACCGGCUCAGAGACAGUCCAUACGAAUUAUACCAAUUUCGCACCGCGGUAUCGGCGCCUUACGCUAGCGGCGAUGUCUCAACAAUACACGGCGCAAGCAAUGGCCAACUUCGUGCAGUAGCUAAGGGAGGGGCCACGUCAAACGAUGGUAGCAUUCCAUCUGGCGAUGAUACACAGACAGAUGAUACUUCGGGAUCGCAAAUCCCCGGGCCGAUUGAAAGCGCACUGUCGUCUGACGAAGUACCCCUGCCGUCAGGUGUCUUUACUCUACUUACGGAUUGCUAUUCUCCGACAUGUUCUCGGGACUCCCUGUGUUACAGUAUUGCUUGCCCAAGACGUUUAGAACAGCAGGCUCGAUUGAAUCUAAAGCCGCAACCUGGGCUGAAGCGAAGCAUCAGCAAGGAAUCGCUCGGCGAUUUAGUGGAACCUGGUACAUUGUGGAUACACUCAGUACCGAAGGAGAUUGCUGACAGCGUGUCCGAAACGGAAAAGAAGCGUCAAGAAGCAAUUAACGAGGUGAUUUACACGGAACGAGAUUUUGUUCGGGAUUUGGAAUACCUUCGAGAUGUUUGGAUUACGCCAUUGAAGAAAUCGGACGUCAUUCCAGAGGAUCGGCGAUUAGACUUCCUUGAACAAGUGUUUUGGAAUGUGCAUGACAUCAUCGCUGUGAACAGCAAGCUGCGCGAUGCCUUCAAUAAGCGCCAGAAGUCGUUUGCUAUUGUGGAACGCGUUGGAGAUAUUCUUUUGGAUAUUGUCCCACAGUUUCAUCCGUUCGUAUCCUACGGAAGUCAUCAGCUCUAUGGGAAAUUCGAGUUCGAGAAGGAAAAGAGCAAUAAUCCGGCCUUCCAGAAAUUCGUUGACGAAACGGAACGUCUUCCAGAAUCACGGAAACUUGAGCUGAAUGGUUAUUUGACGAAACCGACUACUCGGCUUGCUAGGUAUCCACUUCUACUUGGCGUCGUUCUUAAGUAUACGCCGGAUGGCAAUCCAGACAAGGAGGAAUUACCUAAAGUAAUUGCACUCGUCAAGGAAUUCCUAGACAAGGUCAACGUGGAGAGCGGGAAGACUGAAAAUCGUUUCAGCCUUCUGCAACUCGACCAACAGCUCGUCUUUCGGCCAGGAGAGGAAGUUGACCUUCGCUUGAGGGAGGAAGGGCGUGAGUUGGUAUACAAGGGCACCCUGAAAAGACGUGGUGGCCAGGGAGAUAGCGGGGAUCUACAACUUUUCCUCUUUGAUCACGCAUUGCUUAUGGUCAAGCAGAAAGACAAGAAUAAGCACGAGCAGCAUAAAGUCUAUCGUCGGCCAAUACCGCUUGAGCUUUUGCUCAUUGCAUGUCCCGAUGAGAUACCAGCGAAUGCUGCGCGCCACCAGCAAGGAAAAGCGCUCAAUAAGACUCUAACAAAGCGCAAUUCCUUCAACAAGAACUUGCCACCUCCACCUCCUACUAUCGCCCCCAUCAAACCGAGCAAAGACGGGUUUUCCAUCACUUUCGUACACCUCGGCCGGAAGUACUAUCAGCUUACUUUGUGGGCCUCUACACAAGUUAACCGACGGAAAUGGCUUGAUGUCAUCCACAAACAGCAGGAGGUGAUGCGGGAGAGAAGUAUGGUGUUUGACACAGUCACGCUUUCCGAGGGAUUCUUCACGGGUCCGAACAGAGUCAACUGCGCCGCACCCUUCGACUUCGGGAGGAGAGUCGCUUACGGAACAAAUGAUGGUGUAUACUUCUCAAACCUUCGGGAACCUAACCGACAUCCUGUGCGAGUCCUCGGAUUACCGGAUACCACGCAAAUUGACGUGUUAGAAGAGUUUCAGUUGCUGAUCGUACUCUCCGAACACUCCGUAAUUACAUUCCCGCUGGAGGCUCUUAGUGAGCACGACCCUAUGGGUGGCCUACGUCGAGCGAAGCGCAUCUCAUCGCAUACUUCAUUCUUCAAGGCUGGCAUGUGCCUUGGGAAGACGUUGGUUUGUGUCGUGAAAGCCAGUCAAUUGUCAAGUACCAUCAAGGCUCUGGAGCCCAUUGAGUAUGCUGUACGGGGAAAGAACAAGCCGACGUUCAAGAAGCUCAUCCAAGGCGGGAACGAUACGCUUCGGCUCUUCCGAGAGUUUUACAUUCCAGUUGAAUCCAGUUCAAUACACUACUUGAAGACGAAACUCUGCGUAGGAUGCACGAAGGGAUUCGAAAUUGUCGAUCUGGAAACGCUUGAUACACAGGCACUCCUUGAUCCCUCGGACGGUUCACUGGAUUUCGUUCAGAAGCGAGACGAUGUACGCCCGAUGGCGAUCUACCGCAUUGAAAAUGAUUUCCUAUUGUGUUACGAUGAAUUCGCAUUCUACGUUAACAAGAGUGGCUGGCGGGCGCGAAAAUGGUUUAUGGUCUAUUGGGAGGGUCAUCCUCGGUCAUUCGCACUUUAUUAUCCUUAUGUCCUCGCUUUCGAACCCACAUUUGUUGAAGUCCGACACGUCGAGACUGGUGCCUUGACUCAGAUCGUUCAAGGAAACAAUCUGCGUUGCUUAUUCGCCGAAGCACCGCCGUCUACUACACAUUCGAAGCAGAGUCUAUAUCCAGGUUCAAAUGGGUAUUCAGCGGGUAUGUAUGGUUAUGAUCCACGGCAGAGUGCGUACAGUGAUCGAUCAUCAAUGUACUCAGCAUCUACUGGCUCGUCAAUGUACCACGGUCAACAAGGGUACGGUGGGCAGAUGGCUCCAGGUGCAUAUCCACCGCGUUCGUCCUCAGCUAUGGGCAUGGGACGACGCGAGAUUAUCAUGGUGUCUGAUGACCGUGUCAUGGCGUUGCAGAUUGCGCGUCCAUUAUAA